GGAGCAACAACCCACCAUCAUCAACAGCAACAGCAGCAGCAGCAGCAGCAACAACAACAACCCCUCCUUUUUGCAUGUUGAUAGAACCCCCCCCCCCCCCCUCCUCUGGGCUCCUCGUUUCUACCUGUGGUUAUCAGCAUCAGCCGGCAUCAUCACACACAUACGCACCACCGAUUAUGAAGCCUUUGGGAAUGGAAGACCCCGCUUCCUAUUACGACCCGCUCUUCGGCGACUCGUACGCCGACCCGCUCUUCGACGCGGAGCCGCUGCGCCGGGACCCGGAGGCCGAGUCUGUCCGCUCCCACCCAUCUUCCAUCUCCCAUGCCGCAGACCAGACAUUGCUGCCGCACCGCAUGCCGUCUCUGUCGUCUAGACCUCAAACCCAGAGACUACAGAGGCGACGGAGUCGCUACCUCUAUGUAAACGGCGUCCUGGUCCCGGUUACGUCGGCAUCGAUGUCGUCGCCUCUGGCCCAUCCUCAGUCAUCGGAUCACGGUGCCAGCUGGACUGCUGCUGCUGCUACUACUACUGCUGCUGCUACCACCGCAUCAUCACCACCAUCAUCAUCACCACCACCGCCGCCUACUCUUAGAGCGACAGUCCCGCACAGGACACUAUCUCACAAGAGGAUCAAGUCGUAUGGUGUCUCCGGGACGACCUCAUCCUGGCUGUUGGGAAGCGGCGGCAAUAGCAACGGUGGUGUCUUUGCGGACGCAAAACGACAAGCUUGGACCGGCGAGCGGCGAGAAGUUAGAAAAUUACAGAAAGACCACCCAGUCGGGUCGGCUCGACCGGCGUUCACAAUUGCCAUUGGGAGCAGCGGCGACGGAGGCGCGGACGAGGUUGUUGGUGCUGGUGCUGGUGCUGGUGCUGGUGACAAAGAUGGGUUGAAAGGGUCGGUGCUGGGGAUGAGGCGAAAGAUGGAGAGGCUGAAGGGACUGUAUAGAAGGGGGUCUAAGGAGGCAGUGAUGGGUUCGACAAAUUCACGCUGAUGGGGAGUUCAGCUCAACCCACAGUCACUGAGGGUAGUGGCUUGCACUCUAUUCAUUUUUGCGAGCCCCCCUAUGAUUGACCAUUUAUAGGAUUGGUGUCUGCACAUGCAACCCGCCUUACUGUGCUGGUCCGUCACUUUCAUGGCGUAUAGAGACAUGAAGUAACACGAAGUCUAGAAUUGUUGACAUUCUGGGACAGGCACACGAAACUGUCCAUACUUCUCCACACCUAUAUAUAGAGAAGCUGCACUGACGAACCUGUCUAGUAUGUAUAGAACCAGAUUUAUAGCUG